AAUGUAGUCUUGGGGACAGAACGAAUCGACUGCGCGUUCGCGUUGGUUGACAGUGACAGUAGUUAAAUAGUGAUUAUGAUAGGUGAAAGUUGCAAUUACUAUUUUUAGCGGUGAGAAAUAAACAUUUCAAAAUGAGCAAAAAAGUUUCUUCAGAAUUAGAAAUAGCCCCGUUAAGGUCUCUGGACGAUUUUUUACUGGAAGCUGCACGUUUUCAAAUACCGAAUGUGAAAGACCUGGAAAAAUGGGGCAAUCGAGUAACCAGCAACUUAUUGUAUUAUCAAACAAAUUAUUUUUUGCUCUCGAUUAUUAUAUUUAUAAUUGUUGGUGUUAUUCACCCCAUAAAAAUGGCAUGUGGGUUUUUAACCACCUCAGUUAUCUUCAUGAUUUUCAUAUACGUGACAAAUGAAAAAGUUGGAGCUGCACAUUUCAAGAGGAAUCAUCCCAUAGCAUCUAUACUGAUCAUUUUUGCUGGCGGAUACUUUGUCGCUUAUAUGCUACAGUCCAUGGUUGUAUUUCUUUUAGGAAUCUUGCUGCCAUUUGCAAUUUCAUUUAUUCACGCUUCGUUAAGACUCAGGAACAUAAAGAACAAAAUUGUGAACAAGGUAGAGAAUCUUGGCCUCAAAAGGACACCCAUGGGGAUUUUUCUUGAAGAAAUGGGAUUGGAAAGCGAACUGUUCUGAAGCAAACGCUUUGCGAAAAAAUUAUUGCGGUAAAUUAUUGUCGUUAUUUCAGAAAAAAGGUAAAAUUCAUAAGCGUAUUUAGUGAUUAACACUAUGUUACUAGAUGUAACUUUUACACCUCUUGGUGCUACCUUACUACAUAAUUUAUUAGAUGUGUUUUGUAUUGUCACUUCAAGAACAGAUUUAAAAAUUUUAAAAACGAAAUUGUUAUUUGUAUUAAAAAAUUAUUGUCCGGAUAAAUAAAAGAUCUUUCGACUUAUUAUUAUACACACGUAUUUUAUAUGACAGAUUGUGUUUAAAUGUUUCCUAAUUUCUUUAUCGAUAUAUUAAAUACACAAAUUCGUAAAAUUUGUCCCUUUCUUAUUUUCUUGAAUUUUAGUGAUAAAGAAAUAAGGACAGAACUAUAGCUUUAUUAUAUACUUAUAUUUAUAUACACACAGUUUUAUUGCCUAUAUUUUAUAUAUUUUACAACUUGUCACUAACGCUAACAGAAACCACUAAUCAUAUAUAUUUGUGAUAAGAAUUAUUUUCUACCAAAGAAUCAAUAACUUUUUGUGGUUAAACCACCGUUUAUCGGUUCCUAUCUUUCAUUGGUCAAAAAAUAUUAUUGUUUUUAUAUACUUAGGUAUUUCUGUAAUAUUAUCAAAAGUAUUAUUUUUCUACAACUGACAAACAUUUUCGUUAAUGUACAGUAUAUUUAGCAAGAGCUCAUUCUAUAAGGGUGUGAUAUAGGUAUUCCUAAUAAAAAAUGUUUUUCCUACCUACUUCAAUAAAUUAAAUGCUCAUAAAUUUUUUGCCAAGUUGUUAUUUCAUAGGUAUGAGAAUUAUAUUAUAAAAUGCAGUUUACUGUUUGAUAUAAGCUUUAUUGUAGAGAUUUCAUUAAAUGCAAUUUGUUUUCUACUUCCUAUUUUAAAUAAACAUAAAAUUAGCAAAUCA